AUGGUAAACGAAACCAUGAAUGAAAGUUUAAUCACCACAAGUUUAACUACGGGCGUGCGGGAGUUCAGACCCAGCAUGGAUAAUUGGAGUAACUGGAAGGAACUCUUAGACUCGCAUUUUAUUGAAACAUCAUGCGUCGAGGAGAAAAUCAAGACAUCGAUUUUGUUGAAAGCCGUGGGGCUCGAGGCGUAUGGAUUGCUACGUGAUCUAUGUGACCCCACGUUGCCGGCAAGCAAGACAUAUGGCGAGCUAUGUACACUUCUAGAACGGCACUAUGCAAAACCCGUUGUAAUAUAUCGAGAGCGCCGAAAAUUUUUCGAGGCCACGAAAGGCGAGACUGAGUCGGUAGCGCAGUGCGUUACCUCAGUACCAACUUCAAGCACGAUUUUUGACCCUUUUAUCAUGCAGAUUAAGGUAAAUGGAAUUUGUCUGAGCUUUGUAAUGGAUACAGGUGCUGCCGGUUCGCUCAUGCCAAAAACUAGAGUCGACGCUAUCUUCCCGAAUGAGACUCUAAGCCCGUGCGCGGAUAAAUUUACAGCGUAUAAUGGAGAGAGUAUUGACGUGGUCGGUGAGUUUCAUCCUUUAGUUGAGUAUGAAGGACAGUCGCAUAGGCUGAAGGUAGUAGUGUGUCAUACGUCUGGGCCAAGUAUUGUGGGUCGCGAUUUCAUGGUUAAAUUCGGCAUAGGACUAGCUAGAGUUAAUUCGAUUACCGUAGUAAACAACCACCUAGAACAGAUUAAAUCGCGCUUUAGUGAGGUAUUUAAGGAAGAACUAGGCGAAUACCGGGAGCAUACGGUCAAAUUGAGUCUGGUAGGAAAUCCUACACCUAUUUUCUGUAAGCCAAGGCCGGUGCCAUUGGCGUGGAAAGAAAAGGUAGAGCAGCAAAUAAAUCAGCUGGUAAAUAAGGGUGUUUUGGUGCAGGUAGAAACCUCUGACUGGGGGACGCCGCUGGUGCCGAUACUUAAGUCAAACGGUGAAUUGCGAUUAUGUGGGGACUAUAAAUCUACCAUUAACAAGUUUUUAGCCGAUGUCAAGUACCCGUUGCCGCGAAUCGAGGAAAUAUUUGCUACUUUAAAGGGGGAACUUUUCACUAAGUUGGAUUUAUCCAACGCCUAUAAUCAGCUGAUUAUUGAGGAAGGUUCACAGCUACUGUGCGCUUGGAGUACGCACCUUGGAGUUUUUAAGGUAACGAGAUUGCCAUUUGGGGUUAAGCCCGCCGCGGCAAUAUUUCAAAGGAGUAUUGAAAAUCUUUUACGUGGCAUUCCAAACGUAAUAAACUAUUUAGAUGAUAUUAUCAUAGGUGGUCCUAAUGUUCAAGCGCACUUAGAAGCACUAGAGGCGGUACUAAGUAAGCUUAAGGCGGUCGGGUUAAGGCUAAAUCUGGGCAAGUCGGAAUUUUUCAAGGAACAAGUAGCAUACUUAGGUUUUAUAAUAGACAAGCAUGGCUUAAGAAAAAGUAAGGAGAGAAUUUCAUCGGUGCUGGAAGCGCCUUGCCCUAAGAACGUAUCAGAAGUUCGGGCGUUCAUAGGUAUGGCCUAG